GGGGUGUCUGUGGGGUGACUUUGGGGCGUCCCUGGGCUGUCCCUGGGUGUCCAUGAUCGUGGCUGUCCCACAGGUUCCUGGGUGGAGCUGCAGAUGAACGGCAACGGCAACAGCAACGAGAACGGCAGCGGCAAGAACGGGGGCCUGGAGCACGUGCCCUCCUCCUCCUCCAUCCACAAUGGGGACAUGGAGAAAAUCCUGCUGGAUGCCCAGCACGAGUCAGGACAGAGCAGCUCAAGAGGUAGUUCCCACUGUGACAGCCCGUCACCUCAAGAUGAUGGACAGAUAACUUUUGAUGUGGAAAUGCACACAAGUAAAGACAGUAGUUCUCAGUCCGAAGAAGAAGCAGUAGAAGGAGAGAAAGAAUUGGAAGUUUUGAAGAAAAGUGCAGACUGGGUGUCAGACUGGUCAAGUAGGCCUGAAAACAUUCCUCCCAAGGAAUUCCAUUUCAGACAUCCCAAACGUUCAGUGUCUCUAAGUAUGAGAAAAAGUGGAGCAAUGAAAAAAGGUGGCAUUUUCUCUGCAGAAUUUCUUAAGGUUUUCAUUCCAUCUCUGUUCAUAUCUCAUGUUUUGGCUCUGGGACUAGGCAUCUACAUUGGGAAACGCCUGACCACACCUUCAGCCAGCACCUAUUGAACACAGAGUGCAAACCUGGACCCCCAUCACCUGUGGAGGUGUUACUGUCUCAUUUAUACAUUUGACUUGAGACCAUUCUAAGCAUGACCCUGACUUCACCCUUUCCUUCCAUAUCCAGGUUUUUGCUAACUCUGGAAUUCAGUAUUGUGUUGGAACUCUGUUGAGGUGUUUUUGGCUAUCCACAUUUUUCCCUCUCUCCCAUUCCCCUGCCUCUUGGCCUGCAAGACACGUCAGAGUUGCUGGAUGGAGUUUACAACUGUCUCUAUGUUGCAAGGGCUUCUCUCAAUGCAAAAUGCCACCAGCAAGUUUAAUUUUAUCAGUGAUGCUGUUGCCUCCUUAGUGCAACCUGACUUCAGUUGCAGUUGUGCAUGGUCUAAUGUUGACUGCAUGGUGGUGGUAAAAGAGUCUCUUUGGAAGAAAAUUACUGGUUGGAGUGGAAAAGAGUUUUUCUUUUGUAAAAAAGAAGCUGGGUAUGGAAUAAAGUAAGAAAUCACUGGCAAUAAAGAUCCAGUUUAAAUCAGCUUUUUUGGGGGGAAUUUACUUGGCCCCUGGUAUUGGCUAACAAACACCAUUUGAAUUGCAGGAGGCAAAGACUGCAGAAAUUUUAAAGUAGGAUAACUAAAUCCAUCAGCAUAUUUUAAUACUAGGUAAUUGUUGUAGUCUUGUCUUUUCUAUGAAGUCAGCUCCUUAUUCCUUGUAGGAAAACCUGUCUGAUACCUAGGAAAUAUUAGAAAAAUUGCAUUGUUUGCAUGUGAAGAAGCUUUUUUUUUUCUUUACCUGUUUUUCUUUAGGGAAAAUUUUCAAUGUGGAAUUUUCCUUUUCAAAGUAGUUCUAAAUUAAGGAAAAACCCAACAGCUGUAGUGUAGGUAGGCUGUGUGUAAAAGGAGAUUCUUCUGUUUGUUGUGGAACCAUUUACAGCUCCGAGGAUCUGAGUUUCAGCAGGAAAAGCUUUUGACUCAUCCUUAAGGGGGACAAUCUUGCAGGUGCAUAAAGGUUCAGAAGUUGGAAAAGCUCUGAAAUGUCUUCUGCAAAUGAAUUUUCAAUAUUCCUCUCUCUCAUUGUUUACUGUACAAUCUCCUUUUUGGGGAUACUUGGAAGCUGAAAGUCACUUGUGAUGUCUCAUGUUAGGGUAGAUUUCUCACUGAUGUUGUUGAACUUUUAUCUUAGGGAACAUUAAGCCUUGUCCUCCUUCAGUGACACUUCUUUUCAAAAUGUGAAGCUUUAGUACCAAAUUGUUACAAAGCAUCAGGACAGUCAUGUCCUUAAAUAGAUUUUAUUGGAUUUCAGAACAUGUAGCAUGAACUCUGAAGGAUAGAAUACUGUUUUUAU